AUGUCACCGCGACCGCUGCUUGACCCUUCCCCAUCCCCUUCGCCGCCACCUUCACUCCCACCACCACCCCCUCCUGUUCCUCCCUCUUCCCCUACCUUAUCUAUCGAAGACCAAGUGGCUCGAUUGCGACGGCCAUCAGACGAUGACGAGUGGGUGAAAUGCUUUGUCCAGCCCAAAGACUUCGAGUCUAUCAAAACCAGCUGGGCGAAAAUUCAUCAUCUGCCCCAAUUCCACGUGGUUGGAAAAUUGAAGGACGGAUAUAUGGUUGCGGUUGCUGCCUUCGUCUUGCCGCUUCUCAACGAUCUCGAAAUCCCAUACUCACAUGCAGAUGGAGAGUUUUCAAGCGAUUGGCGGCCGCAUCGGGAUAUGAGUUCUAAUCGGCGGUGGUUUGUUCAAAAUGCCAUCGCCGGUAUUUCUAUGCGUGCUCGAGGGCUUGUCGACUUAUAUCGGGGAAUGUUCAAUUACUGGUCGACGGUACCGAGCGAUCUCAGGCUGCCGAUCGAGUGGGCCAUCCUCCUGCGGGAUAUCGAGAAUGCGCCUCCCGCUGUUCUAGAAACAUUUUACUCCUCCUCCCUUCUUCUCGACAGCCUCCUCCAUGAUGCCACAUACCUACGGCAGACGCUUAUGGACGUUAUUGAGCGGCUACGCCGGGCGAACACAGAAAUGGCCAUGGUGCCACCGUCGUCCGAGGAAAUACCCAUACAUAUACAUCACAUAUCGCUCCUUCGUGGACUCCUCGAACAUGCCGGCGGCCAGCGCGAUGUGCACCAGUAUGAAAUCGACAAACAUACAAUUACGCGGCUGCUAGGGCAGGGAGCAUCUGGCAUCGUCGUGGAGGCCAAGAGAAAGAAGCGCGUUGUUGCGAUCAAAGUCUUUACGAAGGGUGACAAGGCGGCUAGGGUCGAGUUGAAGAUACUGCAAACAUUGCGAGAGAACGAUGGAGAGAAGCAGGGCAAGUGUAUCCGCUUGCUUGACUACUUUCGACAUGACGGUGUUGCCUGCAUUGUCGUGGCUCGCUACCCCAAAAGCCUCUUUCAAUUUCUCAGAGAGAACGGCGGCUUGCCUUUUCCGAUGAGCCACAUCCAGAGUUUUGCUCGCCAGCUUCUGACGGCCACCUCCUUCCUACAAACAUUGACGAUGAUCCACACGGACAUUAAACCGGACAACAUUCUCUUAUGUGACGACGCAUACCAGACAUUCGUGUACAAGCGGCAAUACCAACGGCAUAUACUGCACGGCACCGAGAUCCUCCUCGCUGAUUUCGGCUCAUCAGUUGUCCAGAUAGCAGACACACGUUGUGUUCUUGCCGAACUUUUCAAGGGAACUGUGCUCUUUCAGAGAAGCGAUGACGCGAAAGGAGACUGGGAGCAUCUGGCCAUGAUACAGGACUUUACAGAUUGCCGCAUUGCGGUGCUACGCAAGCCGUCAAAGAGCCCGUUCUCGAGAGGUAUAAAGCGUAUAGAAGAUAUGAUCCCUAAGAAGCAUACCGGUUUUUUCGACCUUCUACGCAGGAUGCUUAUUUACGAGCCUGAGCAGCGAAUCGCCGCCAAAGACGCUUUGGACCACGAAUGGUUAAGGGCCGCUCUUCCUCCUGAUGAUGGCGCGCAUCUGCAAUGCGCCUUGUACCUCCUCGAGUUCCACCGUCAAUGA